GACUUUUCCACUUUCUUUUUCUCUCUCUUCACUUUAACCUUCAGGUCCUCGUUUUCUCCGCUUCCUCUUUUCUUUCUUCUUUCUUCGAUAUUCUCCAAGCUUCUUCCAUGGCGUCGUCUGCGUCUUCCGAUUUUCCUAUUGACCAAUCCAGUCCAUACUAUAUUCACCCCAACGAGAAUCCUGCUCUCGUUCUUGUCUCUCCUCCUCUCGAUGGAUCAAACUACCAUGGCUGGUCUCGCGCUAUGCGGAUGGCCCUGUUAUCAAAAAAUAAGCUCAAGUUCGUCGACGGUACUCUUUCUCGUCCCUCAUCCACCGACAAUUUUUUUCCGGCAUGGGAGCGGUGCAACAAUCUUGUGCAAGGCUGGUUAACCAAGUCGCUCACUCCAACAAUCGCAAAGAGCAUUCUCUGGCUUGAUAGUGCUUCAGAGAUUUGGAAAGAUCUGCAAUCAAGAUACUCUUACUCAAUCCUUUUCUGAUGAUUGGUUCAGCUAAACUACUUGAAGGGCUAUACAUUCUUGAUGCAGAUAUGUCAUUACCUCAAUCCACCUCCCAAGUUCAUGUUGCUGCUACUUCCUCUGAUUCAGGUCACACCCUUUGGCACCUUCGAUUGGGUCACAUUUCCCAUUCUAUCUCUUCUGUAUUGCAUAAAUCAUUUUCUGAAAUUCCUUGUAUCCCUCAACCCCUUCUUUGUGAUACUUGCC